CAAAUAUUCAAUGUUUUAUGUCAGUAUAAUAUUUACUUAUUUGUUUUACUUAACCAUCUUUAAUUCUCUGUAACCGGAUUGGUUAAUUUAUUCAAUGUCAAUUAUAUAUUUGGAUAUGAAUUCAAAGCUUAAAACUGAUUGAUAGAUUGAUAGACAGGCCAAUAUACAAACUUAUACACAAACAUACUACUAAUAACAUUAAAAUAUUAAAAAAAAACAGUAUACAACAUGAUCAAAAUAAUACUAACAAUAGGAUUAGAUUAGAAAAAAAAAUAAUUAUAGCAUACACACAAAUACCGAAAGUAUAUAAACGUUGAAGAAAUGAAAAGUGAAAACGGCAAAAAAUUCCUCGAUUCUACUGAUCAUAUUAAUUUCAGUCAAUUAACAACUAUUGAACAAGAUACUCAAUUUUCCAGUGUAUUACACAUACUAUUUCCAAUUGGACAUAUAUAGAUACAUAACUAUAUAAAAUAAACGAUUGAAAUAUUCCAAUCAACAUGGUUUUUGGAAAACAAAAAUUAUCUCAAUUAUUUGAUUUUACCAAAUUUGCUGCUAUAAGUAAUGUUUCAUUAGAUCCUCGAAAAAUAAUGGAACGUAAUACUAAUCUUCAAAAGAUUUUAAAAAUAUUAGCUUUAAUUAUUUUGGUGAUCAGUUUUAUUGGACUAAUAAUUAUCAUUGUUUUGUAUAUUAUAAGUCAUAACAUUCCAGAUGUGUAUUCAGUAGUGAUUGAUGCAGGAUCAACUUCUUCAAAACUUCAUUUAUAUAAAUGGAUCGAUGAACCAUUUCGAUCAAAUGGAAAAGUUGAUGAAGUAACUAAUGAAAAAGUUUCUCCUGGCAUAUCAGCUUAUAUUAAUGAACCAAUUAAAGCUUAUGAAAUAUUAAAACCGAAACUUGUUAAAUUAACGAGUAAAUUAACAAUUGAACAAAAAAAGCGUACACCAAUUUAUUUGGCUGCGACUGCUGGUAUGCGAUUAAAAUUAAUUGAAGAUCCGUUAGGAAGUUUAGAUUUAUUCUCAGUACUUCGUCAUUAUUUUAAACAGUCUGGUUUUCAAAUUGAAACACCAAAUGAACGUAUUCGUUUAUUGUAUGGAUCAGAAGAAGGACUUUAUGGUUGGGUAUCAGUGAAUUAUAUUUUAGGUAAUAUUAAAGAAGGUAAACAAACAAAUCCUACUGAUACAGUUGGUUCUUUGGAUCUUGGUGGAGCUAGUACACAAAUUGCAUUUGUUCCUAGACAAUAUUCAACUAUACCAAAAGAACAUUUAAACUUUUAUCCACUCCGAUUAUAUGGAAAUGAUUUUUCAGUAUAUAGUCAUAGUUUUUUAUGCUAUGGAAAAUCAGAGUUUGAAAGACGUUUAAUGACUUCCAUUGCAGCACAAUUUCCUUUACAAAAUGAAAUUCCUAAUCCAUGUUUUCUUCAAGGCUAUAAAUCGGAUUUGUACAAUGCACUUGAGUGGUUCACUGGAAGUUGUUUAUCUGGAACUUAUGCAAAGAAAACAUUUUCUGAGGAAAUUUUCCGACCUCCUAAUAUGAAUAGUUUUUCAUUUAACGGUAUAGGACAACCUAAUGAAUGCGUCAAUUAUAUCCAAAAACAUUUUCAAACGAAAUGCAAUUUUUCAUCAUGUUCAUUCAACAAUGUUUUUCAACCAGCUCCAUUUGGAAAGUUUUUGGCAUAUUCUGGAUUUUCUUAUGUGAUGCAGUAUUUAUUUCCUAACAAGAAGACAGGAUUUACACUAACAGAAGUUACUGAAGCCGUUACGAAUUUUGCAAAAAACCGUGGAAAGAUGUGGCUAAAAUUACAAAACCAUCUGACUAUGGAUUUACUGCUAAAUAUUGUUUUGAUGGUUUAUAUAUUAUUCAAUUAUUGAAAAUGUAUGGUUUUACUACAGAUGAAUUAUGGAAAACACUUACGUUUGAUUCGAAAGUUAGUGAUAAAUCAGUUAGCUGGGCAUUAGGCUACAUGUUAGAUCAAUCUGGUCAUUUACCAAGUGAAAGUCCAAAAGUUUCUUUCAGUACAAAAUUAUUUGUUUGUCUAUUUAUUCUACUACUUCUAUUCAUCAUCGGUUCAAUUAUUGGACUAUUACUAAUUAGAAACUUUUUGUCCAAAUCGAAAAAGUCAUCUAGUCAGGUAUAAAUCAUGUGUAAACAACAAAAACAACCAUCAUAAAUCCAUAAAUUCCAUUUUACAAUCUAUUGUGUAAUACAUCAACUAAUCAGUAUCUUUUCUUUGAUCUUCGGUUUAAUUCCACAUAUUCCCCCCCCUCUCUCUCUCUCUCUCUGUUUGUGUAUAGUAGUAAAACAAAAAAGCUAAAAGGAAACAAAAUCAUAAUUACAGUUUAAUGCCUUCAUUUGGAUUUCGAAAAUAACUAAUUAACAACAACAAAUAAAUAGGCAAUACUUUUUGUUGCCAAGUAAUGAUAAUAAUAAUAAUAAUAAUAGUAACAAUCAUAUGCAGCAUACUAAAGACAAAAAAACGCACAAGAAUUCCAAUAAUCAUUAGAAAUGAUUUUAAAGUUUUCACAGUUCUAUUUUCUUUGCAUUUUAACUGUUAUACAGACAAUUCUCUGAACAAACUAACUGCAAAAUAAUGAUUUUGCUAUUUUUUUAUACGUAACAACGUGUCUUUAAAACAAUUAAAUAAAUAAAUCGUGGUAGUUAAUUUUCCUCUCCCCCCAUUUGUUUUGUUAAUUUAGGAUAUUUUUUAUCGUUUUGUGUUGUUAAAUUGUGUAAUUUUCUUUUUCAAUAUCAAUAUUCUUACUGUUUAUUCUUUCCCCAGACUUAAGUGGCCAAUCAUAACUAUGUAUUUUGGUGUGUGUGUGUGUGUUUUAUUUUUUUAUGUGUGUUUAUCUAACCAUAUAUAUAUAUAUAUAUAUA